AUGCAGAUGGACGACGCGUUUAGGGUUCACGUAAAAAAACCGCUGCCACAUUUACAUGACGAUGUCUUGCCCUACCUCACCUUGUCGAAGAGUAAGCAAGUACAAGUAAUCACUCUGAAAGAGCUGUGGCACUACUUCGGGUUCGCUCGUAGUGACGACGACGAUUUUCGACGUAAGCAACACCAGAAAUUGUCUACAAGUUUACAACAUUGA